GACUAUAUUAAAUAAUUAAAAAUUAAAAACAACACAAAUUAAAGAAGGAAAGCGCGCAAUCAGUGUGUCUCUCCAUCUUCUUCAUUCAUCAUCCCGCUAACCUCCGCUGCAGCCACCGCCGGCAACGCCCCUUUCAUCUUGGCGAUAAUUCAACAACAGCAACAAAAAUGGUAAAACAAUAAUUAACCCAGAAAAUCAACCUUCAUCCUCAUUGUUUAACACCUUUAAUAUUAAUCUCAUAGGUAGAACAAUGGUUCAUCAAGCCCAGAAAACUCACGAAACAUAAAGAGAGGAUGUGAAGGAAUUGAAGGAAGAACUAUACAAACCAGAUCUAGAAAUCAAACAACUCAAAUUCUAACAACAUAUAUAUAGAAAAUAAAACAGUGGGGAUAAGUUUGAGGAAAGAGAUUGAUUUUGGAAUCGAAGAAAGCUUAUUUUUUUGAGGAAAUCAAACAUCUCAUGAGUUGAUUCUGGAAUUGAAGGUGAAGGUGAGUAUGCUGGUGGUGUAUUAAUGGGGUGGAAGGGAGGGUGGAGUUUGAAAUUUGUGUGAUUUUUUUGUUUGAUUUGUGAAAGGCUCCAGCAGCUUCUCAAUAGGAUAGUCGCCGCUUGUUUGCCGGAAAGGGGAAUCGCCGGCGGUGGCUGAUGCGGAGGUUAGCAGGAUAAUGAAUCAAGAAGAUGGAGAGACAAUACAGUGAGAUUGUGGCUUUCAUUCUUUAAUUUGUGUUUUUAAUAUCCAACCAUUAGAUUUAUUAUUGCCAUAUGUCUUCAAUCUAUGAAAAGAAAAGGAGAAAAAGGAGCCUUAGUAAAAGGAGCAAAGCUGCUCUCAAUUUUAGUGUUAAAAUAGUGUGCAAUAUGUCCUUUUUAUUAUCGUUUUGUUAAAAUAGUGUGCAAUUCAAAACGGUGACCUUUUACUCAAGAACGGUUAUAUAAGAUGGUGGGAUCUCUUUUAGAUUAAUCAAGAUUUUAGAUUCGAUUUUUGGCUUGAACAUGAAGGAGUGUUAAAUUUUAUAGGAAGAGUUUGCCAUCCAUUUUGGUCCCACAAGACUCGAUAGAUUAGUCAUUUCAGUUGCGCGCAGAGGAUACUCGGUUUAUACGAAGAAAAAAAAAAACCCGGUGACCUUUAGUACUUGAAAAGUUAUUAAGCAUUUGUUUUUGGUCCAUAGCGUUAAGUCAAUGUGUAUUUUUGAAUUAUUUUUUUGCAAGUAUGUUUAAAAGUUAAAACAUCUUAAAAAAUUCCUCCUUAAAAAAAGAGAUUAAAAUUUGAUUUCUAAGUCAUAAUUUUUUAUCACUUUUAUCUUCAAUUCUUAAUUUCCAUGAUUUACAGAGUCUUAUAUUUUGGAUGAAGCUGUAUGUUAUUUGGAAUAACAAUCCUUCCAUUCUAUAUAUAUAGACACAACUCUGUCUCAUAAUAACAGAACCAAUAAACCAAUUCAUUUCUCAAGUCAUAAUAAUAAGAGUUGGAGUGUAGGACCAGUUUCUUUGUGGGCGAACCAAGAUGAUUCGGAUAAAGCCGGUAGAGGGCAUGGUAAAGAACUAGAUGAAGAAGAAGAUGAGGUUCUUAAGUGGCUUGAUUCUAAAGAAGAUGAUUCUGUUCUCUAUGUUAGUUUUGGUAGCAUGAACAAGUUCCCUAGUUCUCAACUUGUUGAAAUAGCCCAUGCACUUGAAGAUUCGGGCAAAGAUUUCAUUUGGGUUGUAAGAAAAAUCGAAGAUGGCGAAGAUGGUGGUUUUUUGAGGGAGUUUGAGAAGAGAGUAAAGGAAAGAAACAAGGGCUAUUUAAUUUGGGGUUGGGCACCACAACUUCUGAUACUAGAACAUGCUGCAGUUGGAGCUGUGGUGACUCAUUGUGGGUGGAAUACUAUUAUGGAAAGUGUGAAUGCAGGUUUGUCAUUGGCUACUUGGCCUCUUUUCGCCGAACAAUUUUACAACGAGAGGUUGUUGGUUGGUGUGUUGAAGAUUGGUGUGGCAGUUGGAGCAAAGGAAUGGAGGAAUUGGAAUGAGUUUGGAGAUGAUGUGGUGAAGAGGGAGGAUAUAGGAAAAGCAAUUGGUUUAUUGAUGGGAAGUGGAGAAGAGUGUUUGGAAAUGAGGAGAAGAGCCAAAGCACUUAGUGGUGCUGCAAAGAAAGCUAUAGAGUUUGGUGGUUCUUCUCACACUAAAUUGAAGGAACUAAUUGAGGAUCUCAAGUUAUUCAAACUUGAAAAGGUUAAGAACAAAUUGGAGGGAGUGGCUUAGGGAGAAUUAAUUGCAAUUUUGGUAUGAACUUUCUAAGCAUCAUUCUACAAUGGAACUAUGUGUUUAGAACUCUUAUUAGAGGAGAGGGCAAAGUUAGUUAUUCAGUUAUGUUUUUUUAAUUUAAAUUGUGUGUAUCAGUUAUGUGUGACAGUUAAGUGUGUUUAUGUUUAAGAAGUAAUUGGUUAUUGUGAAGUUACUUAAGUGGUUAUUGUGAAGUUAUUGAGUAGUUACUGUAAGGAUAGACCAAACUCUCUAACUCUUGGAGAACCAAGAUCACUGAAUCCUUGCAAGUGUCCCUAUUGUCUUUCCUUUGUAAUAGUGUCUAUGUAAACAUUGUGUUUGUAUUUGUA